AGCGACAGACAGACGCUGCUCUCAGAGACAAAAUGGCUUCCAUGUCAGAGGAGGAUUUCUGCUGUUCAGUCUGUCGUGAAGUCUUUAGAGAUCCUGUUGUCCUGUCAUGUAGCCACAGCUUCUGUAAAGACUGCCUGAAGACCUGGUGGAGAGAGAAACAGGCACAGGAGUGUCCAGUUUGUAGGAAAAGAUCAGACAGGCCAGAACCACCUCGUAACCUGGACUUAAAGAAGCUGUGUGAGAGUUUCUUACAGCAGAGAGAUCAGAGAGCUUCAGAGGCUCUCUGCAGUCUGCACUCUGAGAAACUCAAACUCUUCUGUCUGGACCAUCAGCAGCCGGUGUGUGUCGUCUGUCUACAUUCAGAAAAACACUCCAACCACAGAAUCAGACCCAUCGAUGAAGCUGCACGACAACACAAGAAGGAACUCCAGGAAACUCUGGAGCCCUUAAAGAAGAAGAUAAAGGAAGUUAAAGUGAAGUGUGAUCAAACAGCAGAACACAUAAAGCUCCAGGCCCGAUGCACAGAGACAAAGAUUAAGGAUCAGUUUAGGAAGCUUCACCAAUUUCUAGAGGAGGAAGAGAAGGCCAGGAUGGCUGCACUGAGGGAGGAAGAGGAGCAGAAGAGUCAGAGGAUGAAGGAGAAGAUGGAGGCUCUGAGCAGAGAGAUAGCAGCUCUUUCAGACACAGUCAGAGCCACAGAGGAGCAGCUGAGAGCUGAAGACGUCUCAUUCCUGAUUAAAUACAAGGCUGCAGUGGAAAGAGUCCAGCAGAGCCCCCUGCUGGAUGAUCCACAGCUGCUCUCAGGAGCUCUGAUAGACGAGGCCAAACACCUGGGCAACCUGGGCUUCAACAUCUGGAACAAGAUGAAGGAGAUGGUCUCCUACUCUCCUCUGAUUCUGGACCCAAACACUGCUCAUCCAAAACUCAUCCUGUCUGAAGAUCUGACCAGUGGGAGACUAGGAGGAGAGAAACAGCAGCUUCCUGAUAAUCCAGAGAGGCUUAAUUCAGUCUUCUCUGUCCUGGGCUCUGAGGGCUUUAACUCGGGGACUCACAGCUGGGAUGUCGAGGUUGGAGACAGUACAGUCUGGCUACUGGGUGUGUUAGCAGAGUCUGUUCAGAGGAAGGGAAGCAUGCGGUCUGGAUUAUGGACAAUAAUGUUCUAUAAAGGUAAAUACUCAGCGUGGUCUCCACCAGCUCUAUGCACUGUUCUCCCGUUUCAGAAGCCGCUCCAGAGGAUCAGAGUGACUCUGGACUGGAACAGAGGAAAUCUGUCGUUCUCUGAUCUUGAUACUAACACACACAUACACACCUUCAGACACACUUUCACUGAGAGGAUGUUUCCAUACAUUUACACUGAUGGUAAUCUGAAGAUAUCACCACUGAAGAUCUGUGUGACAAAACAACAGAUCUGAUAUACUCUGUAGUUUUAGGGUGGUGAUAAUAACAGUAAACAACUAUUCACUUCAGUGUUCCAUCUUUUUACGGAUCAAUAAUAUCUGAACUGAAUGAUAAAAUAAGUUUAAACUUUAUAUCGGACAGCAGCAAACAAUAACAGGAGUCAGCAGAUUAAAUAUUAAUGAAUAUAAACAGAAUAAUGGUUGAUAAUAUAAAGGGUAGUAAACUGAUUGCAGCGGUAAAGGAGACGGCGGAAUGAAACCCAACAAAAGGUUUUAAAAAUCUAAAAUAUAUGUGUUUAUAAAGGUAAAUAUGGAUGUUUAGAUGAAAUAUUAAUAUUGUUGUUCUGAUCUGUAAAAGGCGUAAUAUACAAAACUGGGUUUUUUUCCCAAGUUUCAGUUUUUUUUCAAUGUUUUUGUCGCCUUUUACAAGUUUUAUUUACGAAAAUUUCUCCAAUGUUUUUAUUGCUUUUUUAAAAUCCUUGUAGACAUGUUAAUUUGAAAUGAAGACUUGCAGAUAGAGAGAAGAAUGAGGUCACAGUGAGUCAGAAUGUGACAGGAAAGGGCUUGGUGUAAGCAGGGUUAAAAGUUAAUGUGAUCUAUCCUUUCCUGAACCUAACUGUCCCGUUCUUGUGCCAUAUGUCAGUUAAACGUGCGUCGUAAGCCAGAGAGUUAAGAGGUGACGCCAAGAGUCCCGACCAAUCGCGUCACAUACGAGGCUAAAGGAGACUUUUAGCGUUAAUAACAAACGCCAAAGAUACCUGACCAAGUGUCGCAUUCUGACGCGCUGGUAGUGAGAAUGUGUUGGUUUAAUGUCUAUGUGUAGUUUUGAUGUAAGUCAUUGUUUUUGAGAUACUAAAAAGGGUUCGACAUAAGCAAUGGACCGAUGGCUUCAUGGCCCGAUGGUCUGGGACAGUAAGACUGUAUGUCGGGCAAGUUGAUUGUCCAGCCAAUCAAAGUGACAAGUGUAGAAAUAUAACUAUUAUUUAGACGUGUUGUUGCUCAGUAAUAAAUUUCAUAUUAUAUUGUGUUGCUCAUUGCUGUGAGUUGUGUGUAGUCAUGAGACGUUGGUCACAAGAUCCAGGGAGGACAUAAUUGCAUUCCCUGUACAAUGAAUAGACUCUCACACACAGAUGGUUUAGCUUUAGCUUUGAUUACAGAUAAUUAUAUUUUAGGAAUGUUAUUGUAUGUUAGAAACUGUUUUAUACCAGACAGAGAAGUAGAAUAACAGGAAAUAGUUUUUAGGUUGGUGUGUGUGUUACAGUUACACCAUAAAGAGGCCCCAACCCCAACGUGUGUGGUAUAUGAAGAUAACCGAAUCUGCCCAGAGACAGGAGGAUGACACCCCAUCAAGGAAAAAGAUAAAGGUUGAGGGAUAUUACCGAUUCGGGGCUCACAGUUCGACAGAGACUUUGCUGACCUGAGCUCCGUACAUUUGAUGUCUGAAGCUAGGGAAACUUAGUCUCUUUUUGGGAACCCACAAUUGUGUUCUGUAAACUUAACUGCUGGACUUAGUAAACUUUGCUAAACUUGAGUCUGUUGUCUCAGUUUUGAUCAUUGAGUUCUGGUAUCACAAGUCUCAUCAACAGACGCGAGGGAAUUAGAGUGGUUCGAGUAACUGGAGUCAGAUCUUUUCUGGCCUUCGGGCCUGUGUUUUUUGCCAGAAUUCCCUUCAGGAGUCAGUUCCUUGUAAUUUGAUGCUAACGUUGGGUGCAACACUAUCUUUUCUUUGUAACUCUAACGGUAUAACUGAAUGUAUUUGUCUUUUGACUUCAAUAAAUGUCUGUGGUGUGAAAUAAAAGCA